AAAUUUUGUUCUUUGCUCUCUCUCCGUUGUUCACCACCUCCCUCUACCUCUUCUUUCUCUCUCAUCCCCCUCUCUCUCUCUUCGUCGUCUUUCUCUCUCUAAAAUCUCAGAGCUCCAGAUUCUCACGCCGCUAUUGCUAUCUCCUCCUUUGAUUCCAGCUGUUGUAGGAGGAGUGUCAGUGAAAUAGUGCUUAAUCUGGGAAUGGCUGGGACUGCGAGUGAGGAAUCUGGAGUGGGAAAAUCUGUGGAGGGAAUAUUUAAUGGGCAGCGUUGUCAAUCUGGGGAAGCCUUGGCAGAAUGGCGGUCUUCUGAGCAGGUGGAGAAUGGGACUCCGUCGACUUCACCCCCUUACUGGGACACUGACGAUGAUGAUGAUGGUCCAAAACCUUCUGAGUUGUAUGGAAAAUAUACAUGGAAGAUCGAAAAUUUUUCUCAGAUUAACAAAAGGGAACUCCGUAGUAGUGCAUUUGAGGUUGGCAGCUACAAGUGGUAUAUUUUAAUUUAUCCACAAGGUUGUGAUGUCUGCAAUCAUCUCUCUCUGUUUCUCUGUGUUGCUAAUCAUGACAAACUUCUUCCAGGAUGGAGUCAUUUUGCACAAUUUACGAUAGCUGUGGUUAAUAAGGACCCGAAGAAAUCUAAAUAUUCUGAUACAUUGCACCGAUUUUGGAAGAAGGAGCAUGACUGGGGAUGGAAAAAGUUUAUGGAGCUCUCGAAGGUGUAUGACGGCUUUGUUGACUCAUCUGACAAUCUGAUAAUAAAAGCUCAAGUUCAAGUGAUUAGGGAAAAAGCUGACAGGCCUUUUCGUUGCCUUGAUUGUCAGUAUAGGAGAGAACUUGUUCGGGUAUAUUUGACAAAUGUAGAACAAAUUUGCCGGCGUUUUGUGGAGGAGAGAAGAAGCAAGCUCGGGAAGUUGAUAGAGGAUAAAGCUAAAUGGUCAAGCUUCUGUACUUUCUGGCGUGAAAUUGAUCAAUCUGCUAGGCGCCGCAUGUCUAGAGAAAGGAUGGAUGUAAUUCUGAAAUUAGUUGUGAAGCACUUCUUUAUAGAGAAAGAAGUGACUUCCACUUUGGUAAUGGACUCCUUGUAUAGUGGAUUGAAGGCUCUUGAAAGCCAGAGUAACUGCAAGAAAAAUAGGGUAAAAUUGUUGGAUGCUGAAGAAAUGCCAGCAACAAUUGUUCGUGCUGAGAAAGAUAUGUUUGUACUGGUGGAUGAUGUUCUACUGCUACUUGAGAGGGCUACCAUAGAGCCUCUGCCUCCUAAAGAUGAGAAGGGUCCUCAAAAUCGCACAAAGGAUGGAAACUCUGGGGAGGACUUCAAUAAAGAUUCUAUAGAGCGUGAUGAAAGGCGCCUCACAGAAUUGGGGCGCAGGACUUUGGAAAUAUUUGUCCUUGCCCAUAUCUUCAGCAAUAAAAUUGAGGUUUCCUAUCAGGAAGCUGUUGCUUUGAAGAGACAAGAAGAGCUCAUCCGUGAAGAGGAGGCAGCAUGGCUAGCUGAAAGCGAGCAGAAGGCAAAACGUGGAGUUAAUGAGAGGGAAAAGAAGUCAAAGAAGAAACAGGCCAAACAGAAACGGAGCAAUCGUAAAGGAAAAGAUAAAGGUAGAGAGGAGAGACCUGCUGUGGCUGUACUCGACAAGGAGGAAGACAAUGCUGCCGAUGAGAAAAAAGAUUCUAACAUGGACGAGGAGAUUCAAACUCUGGAUGAAAAGCUUGAUGUGCUUGAAGUUGUUUCUGAUGUGUCUGACUCCGUGGAUGGGGUUGGUGAAGUGCUUCAGCCUGAUUCCGAAGACAGAGAUGUGAGUCCUGUCAAUUGGGAUACUGAUGCAUCAGAGGUUCAUCCUCCAACUGAGGCUAGUAACAAUGGUAUAACUGGUCUUUCAUCUGUACAAAAUGGAAUGACUGAGAAAAGGAGCAGUUCUGUGAUGGAUGACAGUUCUUCAACAUGCUCUACUGAUUCAUUGCCAUCGGUGGUGAUUAAUGGGUCCUCCAAGGGGAACUCAUUGUCAAGUUAUAAAGUCCAGAAGUCGCCUAGCAGAAGUAAGAACCCAGUUAAAGCGUCAUGUGAUGGGGAUAAUCGGACAACUGAAAUGGAUAGUCAGGCAUCUGGUUCUGCUGCAGAUGCUGUUGAUAUUAACAACGAAUCUGUUAAUGGUAAGGUUGGUGAAUAUGAGCCUGAGGGUGCACCCUGCUUACAGGAUCGGUUAAAGUGGCUUGGGCAGCAUGUGAUCAGAAAGGAAGAAGUUCUUCCACUACAAAAGAAGCAGCACAGGAAAGACCAAGUUGAUGUUGAAAGACCAGUUGAUAUCGAAAGCCUACAGAAAGAGAAGACGUCAGCAGUGCCAUCGUCACGUAGGAGUCCUCCAAGAAACUUACCUACAUCUGUCCAAAUGAAGUCAGAACACCAAACUAGUGGUACUGUAGAGCCUGUUCACGUCAGGAAAGCAUCUUUCGGUGUCUCACAACAGACUGAUAAAGAUGCAUCUUCAUCUUUCACUUUGGCCACACAACCAACAGCUGUGCUCAAAAAGGAGAUCCAGAAGACUUCACCCCCGAGACUAUCCGAAAAAUCUACGGGACAAGGGGCUACAAUGUCAAGGCCUUCUAGUGCUCCUUUGGUUCCUGGUGGUCCAAGGCCAACCGCUUCUGUUGUCUCUUUGGUUCAUCAAACAAAUCCUCCUCUUGCACGCUCAGUAAGUGCAACUGGCCGGUUGGGUCCUGAUCCCUCACCUGCUACUCAUAGUUAUGUUCCUCAGUCCUACAGAAAUGCAAUGAUGGGGAAUCAUGUGGCCUCAACGGCCGCCGGUCUGACCCAUUCUAGCUCAAGUUCAGUAGUAAACACAUCUUCUGGCUAUUCACAAACGCCUCUGGUUUCGUCGCCAAUGUUUCUCUCCCAGGGCUAUGACAAAAUAGAUUCUAAGGCUGUCCAGUCUGGUGUUCCCUUUCAUAUGAUUGCCCGGGAUGUUUUACAAAAUGCACCCCAGUGGUUUGAAAGUUCUCAAAGGGAAUCCAGCACAACCUCCUUGCUCUAUGAACCAUCUCCCAAACUUAAUGAUGCUCAAAAUUUUGACCUGUACAAGCCAGUAGACAACAUGCGGAGCGAGCUCCCAGCCUGCACAACAUCCAGGCAUCAGAACCAAGGGUUGGUGGAUGAGUUCCCGCACCUUGAUAUCAUUAAUGACCUGCUUGAUGAGGAGCAUGGUAUCGGAAAGGCAACCAGGGCAAGUUCAGUGUUCCAGCCCCUCAAUGAUGGACCGCAAUUGCUUAAUCGGCAAUUCACUUUUCCUGGAGACUUGGGUACAAGUGAGGAUUUGGGAUCUGCAUCCAGUUCUUGUCGGUUUGAGAGAUCGCAAAGUUACCAUGAUCCAGGGUUUCAGCAAGGUUACAGCUCCCCUGGUCGGCAAUUUGACUCUUAUAGGGAAUAUCAUCCUCAGGCGGCAAGCACAGCAGCAGCAUAUGGAAAUGGCAAGGUAGAUGGGUUGGUUCCAAACCAAUGGCAGGUACCUGGUUCUGAUCUAUCUUAUCUAGGAAUGAGAAAUCCAGAGAAUAAUGGUUACUCAUACUAUCAAGAUUACUCAAGCAUGUCCUGUGGUGUCAAUGGCUAUCCAAUUUUCAGGCCUUCAAAUGGUCCUUAGAGGGAGAAGAUGACUAGGAUUGUCCACAAAUUAGUGGAUGUAAUAAUGCAGGGAGAAAUUGCUGGGUCUCUUUAGAUUGGAGUGAGAUUGUAGCCCUUGAUAAGAAAACAUUUUGUAAAGAGUGUUUCUGAGUAAUUUGGUUCCAGCUUUUGAUUGAAAUUAUACAUGUGCUGGGCUUUUGGGAUUUUAUAGGUACCAUUUCAUUCAUGUUAAAGUUACAGAAAUAAACUUUUUAGAAAAGGACGAGAUGCAUGAUA